CAAAGGAAAAAUCGAGGAAAAUUUCAAUUGACAACAAAAAAUUUAAAUAAGUAUACAUUAUAACAGAAACUAUUAUUUGUUAAUCAUGGAUUCAAGCGAUGACUUUUCUAUUAUAUGUCGAACAUGUUUAUCUAAGGAUAAUCUCCUUCCGAUUUGAACAAAUUGUAAUGAAGGCGACGAAAACUUUUUAAAUAAAUCCUUUAUCGUCACUGGUGUACAGAUAAGAAUCAACGAUGGACUACCACAAAAUAUGUGCGGGAAAUGUAUUACUUACAUUAAUCACACGAUAAGUUUUAGAACGAAAUGUAAAGAGACAGAAAAUAAGUUAAUGGCUAUGAGAGAAAAACUCGAUAAUACACUAUCAGAACUAGAGUUAUCAAAUCCUAACGACGAUACGAAACCUUUGAAUAAUUACACUGUUGAUACAUCACAAGUAAAUAUCGAGACGGAAAAAGAUGUAUGUACAGAAGAUAAUGAACAGAACUUAGCAAACAAAGAGACAACGGCAUCCGAGAGUAAUCUAUAUGAAUUGGACAAAACAGAUCCAUGUCUCAAACGUGUUGUGUGUAAGUUGUGUCAAAGAAAGUUAUCCAUGAGGAGCCUCUGGUCACACAUAACUAGGAGACAUCCCGGUGCUGAUGAGAGACGAGUCAAGUGCGAGCUAUGUGAUGAUUAUAUACUUAAGGAGAAGCUGAACCGACACAGGAUAUUGAUGCACGGAGAAAAAUUCAGAUGCCGAUACUGCAAAACCGAGUUCGAUGGCAGGGAACGGCUUGUGGAGCAUGUUGAGAGCUGCUGCAUGAAGAGGAGACGGAAAUCCUAUGAAUCAAGCAGAGAAAUGUGCGAGUGUGAUGUCUGUCACAAAAGUAUGCAGAGAGCCAGUCUGAAGGUCCACAAGGCGGUCAAGCAUUCUGGAUUGAAGCCGGUUUGUGAGCACUGCGGCAGGUGCUUCGGUAACAAGCUGAGGCUGGAAGAGCAUAAUCGUUCCAAGCACGGCUACGAGAAGUUCAAAUGCUCCUCCUGCGACUUCCAGAGCGCCUCCACCCUGUCCAUGAAGAAUCACGAGCGCCGUCAUCGCGGCGAGAAGCCGUUCGUGUGCGAGGCGUGCGGCGCUGGCUUCCACGCGGCCUACCUGCUGCAGCAACAUAGGCAAUCCCACAGGAGCGAGAGGAAAUAUAAGUGCGCCUCGUGCCCCGCCAGCUUCAAGUCCAACAACGGCCUGCACACCCACCGGCGGGUGUGCCACACCCAGGCCCGCGUGUCGUGCGCGCUGUGCUCCAGGGUGUACAGCUGCAGGCACUACGCCCUCAAGCACAUGCGGACUGUACACGGGUGUGCCGGACCCCUCGCCGCCCUCGACGUGCACACAUAAACCUGACCACAGAUUAUAUAUAUAAUAAAGACCUUCUGUUUAAA